AUGCGGCGGAACAACGAUUGGCUGGCCCUACUGGCCGUUUCAGUGGCGCUGUCGAUUCUGCGGCACAGUUUGGCAGGCGAACGCCAUCCGCUCGAUUAUGAUACCGCCGAGCUGCCAGUUAACGGCAGCAGAACCGUUUACGAGAGUCGCGAAUCUACCGAACCAUCUGUGAACUCGCCGAACCGACCAAACACUCCGUUUCCCAGAGAAAUAUCCGACCUGCCAUCCACAGUCGCGCAAACGCCAUCGGACCGUCCAUACGUUAACCGAGACAUCGUCUUCAAAGGCGUGACGAAGACAGUUUCCCCGAGGGCCACGAAUCUCCUCGAUAAUGACGACUUCGAUGACGACGCAUCGAGCUUGCGGAAGGAUCUGGCCGAAUCCGGGCUCGAGAAUCCAGCAGAACCAUCUCGUAACCCUCGAACAACCGAGUCAGGCGUGCCAUUCGCUGGAGAAUCGACCGGUCUCGGCUUGGAAGUUGCAGAACAACCGAGUUUAUCCCCCGGGAGUCGUCGCGCCGCGAUAAAGGACACAUCCAGGCUCUACCACGCGACGCAGAGACGCGGUGUAGCGGCCUGGGACCGUAAAACGACAACAGAAGGAACAAUUAGAGGAGGAAGCGAGAGCUUGGACCAUGGACAUCCGUAUUACGGUCACGUCGGGCUGGUUUCGCGCGAUUACGACUCGUUGACGACUUCUGGAAGGCAGGCUAGGGACGUGGGACGACGACGAGGCACCAGGGAUCCCAGGGGCGAAACAGGAACAUCCGAUAAGGGGAGUGGUUCGGUAGCUAAGAGUAGUUGGCAAGGGGAUGUCGCUUCGUCGAAGAGUUCGAUAGACCAUGUCAAAGAAGAGAGGACCGAGGAACGAUACCUGACAGGCUACUCUGUUCUUUCUGUCCCCUUUAAUCGAGGACUAAGUGGAAAGUCAAAGACAAAGUCCAAGUCCAAGUCGGACAAGUUAAUCGCAGCUGGAAGGUCCAAGGAUAGACGAGCUAGCAGGUCCGUGUAUAAUCGGAUGAGCGACAGAAGCAGGCUCGAGAGAUCGACCCAAAGCUCUAGGAAGAAGCUGAACAAGUCGAGGAUAUCUGAUCGUGGAGACGCGAUCGAUCUUGAGACUUGGUUUUUCUCACGCGAUUCGAAACUGUCUAACGAUGGUCCUCGGAAGACCAGACUCGAUUCCGAGGGGUCCCAACGUGGGAGCUAUAAUUCCUCGGGGGUCGAAAGCUCGCGACACGGCGCGCCGAGUCAUAACUCAACCCCGGUGAGACGAGAGGCGGAGAACGCGCGAGAAUUAAAUGGAAUCUCUUUGAAACGGAGAUCAACGACACGAGACGAUGAUCUGGAAGACAAAGGGGCCAGACACUCCUCUCCGGCUCCAGGAGAGGACGAUUUCACUGUACCCAGCGACGCUGUUGCUUCCGAUUCGACGAGCAGAGAAGAAGCUUCAUGGGACGUUAACCUUCGCGAGACAUCGAACAGUCCUUUGGCUAAUAAGACGGCCAGUCGUGUGGAAAAUAUCGACGAGGAAUUAGAGCUCAGUUUGCCUCGAAACAACCUCACAGAUGGAGACAACGCGAAGCCAGUCGCGAGUGCUUUCGCAUUCAACAACGAAUCCGAUUCGACGAUCAGAAACGAAAGCUCUAUCGAUAAAAUAGGUCUGAACGAGGCACGGAAUAACGAGACAUCCUUAACGAACCCGUCAGUCGCGAUUAAUCCGCGAUUGAAUCCGAACAACGCGAAAUUGAAUAACGAAUCUGUCUCCGGGGUAAUGGAUGAAAUGGAAUCAGACGCGUCAUGGGCGGAGAUUGACGAGAUGCAAGGAGCGAUUAAUACGACGUGGGAAGAAACGUCUGCUCCAAGUAACGCGACAGAGGAGCCUGAGAAAGCCACGGGGAAUUCCCUGCGUGACUCGAUUGCGGCUCAGAGGAAUGCCACGUAUCUAAGACGCGAUAUCAACAGUCUAGCCGAAGGCAGCUCUGUCUCCAAGAGCAAUGGCCUCUUUCAAUUCGACGAAAGGAAUGCUAACGAUCCUCUCAGAAACUCGUCAACGAUGGAACAAGGACGAAAGACUCCCGGGAAUCCUAACGGGGACACACAGCCAGAGCAAUCGACCGUGUACAACGAGGAACAGUCGAAAUGGAGGCUUCCUCUGAUAUCAUUCCAAGCACCAAACGUAUCCGAAAGCGUGGCAGCUGGACAAAAACGAAGAAAUCGUGAGAAGAUAGCGAACGAAGCUAGCCCCCUGUCAGCCAGUCCCGAAUCUUCGGAUCCAACCGAGGAUAGCGAAGCUAAAAAGUACAGGAGACCGUUUAAUCGCUCCCUAAUCGAACCGAAAGACGGAAAUCCUGUUAAUCCGAGACCCAUGGAGCCGUUGAACCAGAAUACCGGGACGAGUGCCAACAAAAUUAGGGCUAAUGGACCGAUCACGGGAUCUUCCGUGAAAAAUGAGAGACAUAGGAACAGCUCACUGCAUGAUCGAACGACGGACACGACUAAUCCUGCCAGAGAGGGCAAAAAGAGUAGCAAUGAUCCCCAGAAUCCGGCAUCAAAAAGGCUCGUCUCUUCGGGACCUGUGACUAGCACGGUCAACAAUCGUCCAUCGAGAGAACGGAAGUCCAGGUCGUCGAGUGUUGGAAAUUCUACGCCGGCGAAUCCGGAACGUGAUUCCACUAGCGAUUCUACGAGCACCGGGAAUUCUGCGGUGAGUGAAACUUCCACGUCAAUGGGGAACAAAGACGAGGUCCGCCAAAGUGUCGUACCGUCCCUGAAGAUCGAUUUGUCGCCACCAAAGGUCAGCCAGGGUAUCCUCGAAUCUGCAGGAGUCACGCUGAAUGGUUCGUGGAAAUUUGUCUCGGUUGCUCGCGAUCGAUCCACCGUAUCGGUCUGGACGGAGCAAGCUACGGUGGACCCUGCUGAUGAUUCUCUUGUUACGACUGAGAUCGCCAUCUUGUCGACGGAUCUUGUCGAUCAAUUUCCGAACGAAACGUCGACUGUGCCGUUAAUUAACGACGACGAGCAGGCAUUCGCUUUUGAUACUGUUGUUACAUCCACGAAGACCACCGACGAAGGUCUCGUUGUGACCAUCGAUGACAUGUCUUCGCGCGACGCGGAUAACUCCUCGCGCGAACUCGAGCCUCCGAAUCAAUGGCCGGUUAAGCACAGCGCGGUGGUGGAAGGUGAUCUAGUGUUGGGUGGACUGAUGAUGGUGCACGAGAGAGAAGACACGAUCACCUGCGGCCCAGUGAUGCCACAGGGUGGUGUCCAAGCGCUCGAGGCGAUGUUGUACACGUUGGACAGGCUCAACGAUCGUGAGAUCGUGCCCGGUGUCAAGAUCGGUGCCCAUAUACUCGACGACUGCGACAAAGACACGUACGGCCUGGAAAUGGCCGUGGAUUUCAUCAAAGGUACGUGCGUUUAUCAGAUCUCCGGCUGA